AUGACCAACAUUCGAAAAUCACACCCCCUUAUCAAAAUUAUCAAUCACUCAUUCAUUGAUCUUCCCACUCCAUCCAACAUCUCAGCAUGAUGAAACUUUGGCUCCCUGUUAGGAGUAUGUUUAAUCCUACAAAUUCUCACCGGCCUCUUUCUAGCCAUACACUAUACAUCAGACACAAUAACCGCUUUCUCGUCAGUCACCCACAUCUGCCGCGACGUAAAUUAUGGCUGAAUUAUCCGAUACCUACACGCCAACGGAGCCUCCAUAUUCUUUAUCUGCCUAUACAUACACGUAGGACGAGGAAUGUACUACGGCUCCUACACCUUCUCAGAAACAUGAAACAUUGGAGCCGUACUAUUGCUCGCAGUCAUGGCUACAGCCUUCAUGGGAUAUGUCUUACCCUGAGGCCAAAUAUCCUUCUGAGGAGCAACCGUGAUCACCAAUCUCCUAUCAUCAAUCCCAUACAUUGGGAGCAACCUAGUAGAAUGGAUCUGAGGGGGCUUCUCAGUAGAUAAAGCCUCCUUGACACGAUUCUUUGCCUUCCACUUUAUCCUUCCAUUCAUCAUCUCAGCCCUAGCAGAAAUCCACCUCCUAUUCCUUCAUGAAACAGGAUCUAACAACCCCUCAGGAAUGGUAUCUGACUCAGACAAAAUCCCAUUCCACCCGCACUACACAGUCAAAGACAUCCUAGGCCUUUUAACACUAACCCUAACGCUCAUGCUACUUGUCCUAUUCUCACCAGACCUAUUAGGAGACCCUGAUAACUACAUCCCCGCCAAUCCUCUAAACACCCCUCCUCAUAUCAAGCCUGAGUGGUACUUCCUAUUCGCAUACGCAAUCCUUCGAUCUAUCCCCAAUAAACUAGGGGGAGUCCUAGCCCUAGUCCUAUCCAUCUUAAUCCUAACAAUUAUCCCCGCCCUCCACACUUCCAAACAACGGGGGAUAAUGUUUCGACCACUAAGCCAGUGCUUAUUCUGAUUCCUAGUAGCAGACCUUCUGACCCUGACAUGAAUUGGCGGCCAGCCCGUAGAAUAUCCUUUCAUCACCAUCGGGCAACUAGCCUCCAUCCUAUAUUUCUCUAUUCUCCUAGUCCUAAUACCCAUCUCAGGCAUUAUUGAAAACCGCCUCCUUAAAUGAAGA